CCUCCGCUUCCGAUGGAAUCUCAUCUUCCCACUCAUCUGGCUCCUCGUGUACUCUCUUCUUUCUCUCUCUUUAAAUAUAUUAUAGUUUUCUGGUUAUUUAUUUUCUCAAAGGAAAUGCGAAACUCUACAGCCCCCGGUUUUGCAUCCCGGCCUUACGUAUUUAUUCCUCCCCACUCUCCCCCUUCAUCCACCCCGGCAUUUGGAUUUUUCCUGUUCCGGAUAUUUCCCUGGAGAUUGUCUCGAUUUUCCCUGUUUUUCCAUAUACUGAAAGGACUUUCUCCCUUUGUCUCUCUCGAUCAUUCUUCCAAAGAAGAAGGCGGUGGGGAGAUGUGAGAUUUCUUUUGCUUUUUUAAGUUGUGAUCCUGAGAGUUGAUUGAUUCCAUCCCAUUCAGUACUUGUUCUUCUCGCACCGCUCCGAGUUCUGAGGAGUCUUUGAUUGCGAUUGGUUUCAAAGGAGGCGAUCAUAAGGAGCAUUUUUCUAUAAUUCAGAACCGUAAGAGCCUGAUUCGAAGCGGAAACGAAGGGAGGGGGAGUUGAAGAGCCUGGGGGCUCAGCGUGUGGCUGCGAAGCGGAUUUUGCUUCUUCUUUGGGAGUUGGGGAGAUCGAUUUCGGGGGGUUCGUCUUAAUUGUGUGAUGAAGGUGGGGACGAGGGUGGUGGAGAAGAAGAGGGUUGCGCCGGCGAGAGAUGCGGAGCGCGUAAUGGAGGCGGCGCCGUCGGCGGCGGCGGGGGACGUGGGGAGGGGGGUUGGGAGGUGCGGCGGCGGCAGCAGCAGGAAGACGAGACGGCGGGGAUCGCCGAGGCCGCUGGUUCAGAAGGUGUUCGACCUCUGCAAUGAAGUGUUCCGGGGGCCAGGGACGGUUCCUCGCCCGCUCGACGUCGACAGGAUGAAGUUGCUUCUCGAUAAGAUGAUGCCAGAAGAUGUUGGGUUAAGCGAGGGUCAUUUCGCAAAAAACAAUAGGCACGUGAAGGGAACUCCAAGAGUGACCUACGUUCACAUAUAUGAGUGUGAAAACUUUUCGAUUGGUAUUUUCUUGCUCCCCACAUCAGGAACUAUACCACUUCAUAACCACCCUGGUAUGACUGUCUUCAGUAAGAUUCUGUUUGGAUCAGUGCACCUCAGAUCGUUUGACUGGGUUGAACCAUUUGAGGGGGAAGAUAGCCUGCCUUCCAAUGUGGCACUGGCAAGACUGAAGAUUGACAAUGUCUUUACUGCCCCUUGCAAUUCGUCUGUGCUCUAUCCGGCUUCAGGUGGCAAUUUACAUUCACUGCAAGCUGUAACGCCGUGUGCAGUGCUUGAUGUGCUUGGUCCGCCUUAUUCAGGCACAGAAGGGCGUGAUUGCAUGUACUAUCGUGAAUUGCCUUAUUCGAGCUUCUCUGGAGGAAGUCCUGUCGAUGGAGACACUAGCUGUUAUAGAUGGUUAGAAGAGAUCGAGCCGCCCAAGCCGGAAGAUUUCCCUGUGGAUGGCAUGAGAUAUGCAGGACCGCAGAUCGUUGAGGGCUUCUGAUGUGGUGUUCUGAGUGACCGAGCAACUGAUGUGGUGGCUGCAUUGACUUUGCUAACAACAGCAGGCACUUGUCAGGAUUUCGACUACCUUUCUUUCUUCUGAUUUUCUCCUUCUGUAAUUUCACGUUUUAUUAAUUCAUGUAAACAGUUUUUUUCGCCUUCAUAUUUUUAAUUGUUUGAGCUUCAUGUUGUUUA